ACUCCAAACACCUACCAACCAGCAAGAAGAAAAUCCAAAAUGUCCCUCCCCUCCCCAUCCCCCCUCCAAACCGCGGCAAAGGCCCUCUGCGAUACCCUCUCCCAAUCCCCACCUCCCUCACUCCCCGCAAUCCUGCAACACUUCGCCGAAACCGCAACCGCCCAUGAGCACGGCCUCCCACAGCUAACACCAUUCCUCGGCCGCGAGCUACCAAUACCGGACUACUUCACCAUACUAGCCGACAGCCUCUCUUUCCGGAACAUGCAGUUCAAAGAAUACAUCGUCGACGAGGCGAGCGGUAAGGUCUUCGUUAGGGGCACUGGAAGGUUCAUUUGGACGGCGACGGGGGAGGCUUGGGAUGAGUGUUUUGUGUAUUUGUUGGAUUUCAUCAAGGAUGCGGGUGGUAUGUGGAAGGUGGGGAGGUACCAAGUUUGGGCGGAUAGUGGGGCUGCGUAUUUGGCGAGGAUUGGACGGUUGAAAAGGGUGCAGGAUGGGGAGGAAGAGUUGGUUUAGUGUUGAUUGUGAGGUUUGGGAGUUUUUUCGGCCUUUUUGGCGUAAUGUUUCAUCUAUCAUUGGGUUGGACUUCAGGGGUCGUUCGUGGGUUAUGGGUGCGUUGGGUGUGAUACGGAUUUCCCUACGGCAGCGGUUUAUCCGCUCUUUCUAUUCUACCAUGAAAUCAAUCUCGCCCAGGGAA